AUUACAUAAUAAAUUCAUGGCAUCCACCUCCACAUUCAGUGCGCCAGCACUAGCACUGUCGAGCAAUUAUUAACACCAAUUACUUGUAGUUCCAGGGCACGACCUAGUGAGACACUUGCGACUAAUCUGCUCUGCCAGUAGCACGCUUUUGUCCUCCUAAACUAUGACUUUAUCACCUUCAUCCAUGAAAGACUACGAGAUAUUCAUGUCCACGGUCCAGAAGCCGCCCGAACCAGAGCAAAGCUUUGAGGAGAUGCGCGUAAAGGACUAUAUCAAAGCAUACACAGCGACCGGUCGACCACCAGCACCAAUCCCAGAUCUACCAAAUACCCCAAAUGCUAGAUUUGCACUCGGCUUGCCACCGAUAUUUUCUCCCAUUCCAAUAGAAUCGACUACGAGCAUCAGCUCUACAGGCAUUGUGGCCGAGAAGGCCAUAACAAACCCCAGUGAUCUGCCCACCAUCCAAGUAUUUCAGGCGACUAAAACACCAAUUGAAGGGCAGUUCCAGAGCAUUACAGCACAACCCACUUUCAGUUCAUUCUCCUAUGAGGAAUUGCGGCUUUAUGCAUAUCUUUCAGGGAAUAUCAUGCCUCCGACUCCACUUCCAUCAGAGAUACUCUCUUCGGACAACACGCCAACACAGGUCGUCCAUCCAUUUUACACCAAUGAUUCAGCAGCAACCGCGUUCGCACGCGCCAGUAUGGGGCCUGACGCUCCAGAUGCCUAUAUGAGCAUCACAGCGUCUCUCAAAUUCAACAAACAUUCAUUCGAGGAACUACGGCUAGCAUAUCGUCUUGCUGGCAAGGAGCUUACCUCGAUUGAAAUUCCGACGCCUACCCGGGGUAAUAUUUUGGGGCCAAACCAAGGUCAACUCCCCGCAACUGUACCUGCCCCGGCUCCUUCACUUCUCCUUGGACGCCCCCGUGGCGAAACACUACGAUAAUGAAUCCUGUACAUUCUUUUUGAGCUCAGUUGUUGUUUGUGUCACUUACCGUAUACCAUCAUCGUUUCGUGCUAUCAUCGCCUCGUACUUGUACCACAGAAUAUUGUUGUUCUGGGUAAUGGUCGAGAAGUCUAAUGUACACAACAUGUAUUCGAGUCAAAUUAGAUUUUUUGGGGUGUAUUGGUUAAUUCAUCAUUGACUUCUCUGCUUAUACCACGACUUGC